GAUUGGUAGAAGGUGGCUCUCGUGCAGGACAAGGGAGUCAAUCGAAGCAAGUCACUAUGCAAGAUCAGGCGACAAGUCCAAUCAUGAUUGAGGAUGAUGACCAGUCUAAUUCUGUUGGUAAUAGAACUCCAGAGAAUCAAGCUAAUUCUAAUGAUGAAAUCUGUGCCACUAAUACACAGGAUAACUUGGAGAAUCAAUCUAAUGUAAAUAGCGGGGAUGACACCAAUGUGCAAGAAAAUGAAUCUCAAUCAAGAAGAAAUUCAUCAAGAAGAUGGACCUUUCCAAAGAUCACUCGUAAACAAGAAAAAUUCCAGGCCCUGUUGCAAGAAUUAUCUACGCCUGCCAAGGGAGAGAAAGCCGAAAAU